AGGGCGAGGAAUGCAGGUGUAGCCGAGCAGCCUUGAGAAACAAAGUCCUCACGGACAAACGCGACGGUCUCCAGUCUGCGGACCGCAACCGGCGCUCUGCUCUCAGUUUGGACGUGUUGGCUUCCUCUGUCCGUGUAGAAAAACAGAGAGAGAGAGAGAGAGAGAGGGGGGAUUUUCUGUGCCCGUCAUGCGGUCUUCUGGCAACCCCGCGCGGCAGAACCAGAGGAAGACACGCGGCGGAGGGGUCGGCAGAGACAGAUAGAGCAGGGGAACCAGAUGUCUGAGCAGAGAUGUUGCCCAGAUCAGAAAACAAGAUCCACCCAAAUGAAGUGGACAGCCAGUGGAAAGUUCUAGAUGUGCACCAGCUUCUGUUCGACAUCAGGAAGCGCAGCCUGUUCACCUCCUGGAUAAAGCAGAACAUCAAGAAGAAGGAGUGCUGCUUCUACGCUGAGGAUGAAAGCAAAGGGGUCUGUAUGUGUGGCUACCCCAGAAUUCACCAUGCGGAAGAUGCUUUCAAGCCCGACGAGUUUGUGGGCGAGACGUGGGACAGGCACAAACACAUUAGGGAGGUGCCCACGGACGCCUACGGAGACAUCAGCUUCGGUGGCCUGGGACAGAAAAUGGGAAAGUAUGUGCGAGUGUCCACAGACACCUCCACCGAUGCCUUGUACCAGCUGAUGACUGACCACUGGAAGCUCCGCCCACCUAACCUCCUCAUCUCUGUCACGGGCGGAGCUCAGAACUUCUACAUGAGGACCCGGCUGAAGGAGAUGUUCCGCAGGGGGCUGAUCAAAGUCGCCCAAACCACAGGUGCGUGGAUCCUGACUGGUGGCACUCACACGGGGGUGAUGAAGCACGUGGGGCAGGCAGUGCGGGACUACACCCUGACCUCCAGCUCCACGGAGGACCAGAUUGUGGCCAUCGGCGUGGCCACCUGGGGGAUCGUGCUCAACCGGCACACUCUGGUGAACCCCGAGGGCUGCUUCCCGGCUCACUACUCCCUGGACGAGCGGAGUCAGGGCCGGCUGUCCUGUCUGGACAACAACCACUCCCACUUCCUGCUGGUGGACGACGGGACGCACGGGCGCUACGGCGUGGAGAUAGCCCUCCGCAGCAAGCUGGAGAAACUCAUUUCCCAGCAGCCCCUGGGGAACAAAGAGAGUGGGCUGAAGGUCCCUGUGGUGUGCGUGGUGCUGGACGGUGGACCGGGGACCCUGGAUACGAUCUACAACGCCAUGCUGAAUGGCACCCCGUGCGUGAUCCUGGAGGGCUCUGGGCGGCUGGCCGACGUCAUCGCCCAGGUGGCCGAGCGGCCCAUACCCCAGGUCACCCUCGCCCUCAUUCGCCAGCUGAUGAUGAAGUUCUUCGGCCCGGAGUUCGAGAGGUUCCAAGAGCUCCAGCUCAUCGAGUGGACCAAGAAGAUCCAGGACAUCCUCAGGACGCCCCAGCUACUGACGGUGUUCCGAAUCGACGAGGAGGGACAAAGUGACGUGGACGUGGCCAUCCUCCGAGCGCUCCUCAAAGCGUCCCGGAGCAGUCCUUCUCCCAGCCUGGAACCCAAGAACUGGGAGCAGGAGCUGGAGCUGGCAGUGGCCUGGAACCGGCUGGACAUCGCAAAGAGCGAGAUCUUUACUGAGGAGAGCCAGUGGAAGUCCAGUGACCUGCACCAGGCCAUGCGCUCGGCCCUAGUGGGGCACAAGCCGGACUUUGUGAAGCUGCUGCUGGAGAACGGGGUGUGCCUGAAUAAGUUCCUGACCGAGGACACGCUGUCCGACCUGUACGGCCACCUGGAGCCGGGCUGCCUGUUCCUGCGGCGGCUGGCCAAGCGCAUGAGGGGCGAGAGGGGCCGCCGGGGCUGCCCGGACCAGCCCGGCCAGAGCGGGGCGUGCCUCCGCCACGUGUCCGACGAGGUGCGCCACUACCUGGGCAGCUUCACCGAGCCCAUCUACCCGCCCGCCCCCGCCCGGCCCCGCAUCGAGAUGCCCGAGGACGAGCUCCGCAUCACGUUCACACAGAAAGGGCCCGCCGAGCUCCAGAGCGUUCCGUCCACGUGCCCGGAGAGGGGCGCCGAGGGGAUGUGGGACCCGGGGAGGGACCUCUUCCUCUGGGCCGUCCUGCAGAACAGGAAGGAGCUGGCUGAGAUCGCCUGGGAACAGUGCAGGGACAGCAUGUGCGCGGCGCUAGCUGCUAGCAAGAUCCUGAAGAAGCUGGCCCAGGAGGAGGUGGACGAGGGUGACGAGGCGGACAAGAUGCAGGAGCUGGCUGAUUACUAUGAGAAACAGGCCAUAGGUGUAUUCAGCGAGUGCUACAGCCAUGACCAGCAACGUGCCCAGAAGCUUCUGAUUCGGAUCUCUCGAUCCUGGGGCAGGACCACCUGCCUGCGCCUGGCUCUGGAGGCUGAUGACAAGAGCUUCGUGGCCCACGCUGGAGUUCAGGGACUGCUGACCCAGAUCUGGUGCGGGGAGCUGGCUGUGGAUAACCGGCAGUGGAAGAUGUUGCUGUGCAUGCUGUUCAUCCCGCUGAUCUACACCGGCCUGCUGACCUUCAGGCGUGAUGAGGACAUACACAGGGAGACUCAGCGGAAGGAGAGGAUGCUCACAAUGGAUUCUGUGACAAGAAGUUCAGUUACAUCUCAGAUCUGUGAUUAUAUAGAGCAAACAGAACUGCGGCCGCUGACCUGUGCAUCGCGGUUGGUCAGCUUCUUCUGCUCAUCGCAGAUCAAGUUCUACUGGAACAUCGUGUCUUACUUCGGAUUCCUCUGGCUCUUCGCCUACGUGCUGAUGAUGGACUUCCAGAUUACGCCCUCUUGGAAAGAAUACCUGCUGUAUGGCUGGCUGGCCUCGCUGGUGUGUGAGGAGAUACGCCAGCUGUUUGAUGACCCUGAUGGAUUUGGGUUUCGGAGGAAGUUCAAGAUGUACAUCAGUGACCUGUGGAACAUUCUGGAUGUACUAUCCAUCGUUCUCUUCAUUAUUGGCCUGGCCUUCAGGUUAACCACCGCUCUGUUCUAUGCGGGAAAAGUAAUCCUCUGCAUCGAUUUCAUCGUCUUCUGCCUGCGUCUAAUGGCCAUCUUCAUCAUCAGCAAGACUUUAGGCCCCAAGAUCAUCAUUGUCAAAAGAAUGAUGAAGGACUUGUUCUUCUUCAUGUUCUUGCUGAGUAUCUGGGUGGUGGCAUAUGGGGUUGCCAAGCAGGGCAUCCUGAUCCACAACGAGGAGAGGCUGAACUGGAUAAUACGGGGUGCGGUGUACGAGCCCUACCUCAUCAUAUUCGGGAAUGUCCCCACCAACAUCGAUAACGUGGAGUUUGACAUGAGCACGUGCAGCGUGAACGGGACCGAUCCGGUCAAGCCCAAGUGCCCCGUCCUGAACGCCAACUUCACGCCGGCGUUCCCCGAGUGGCUGACCAUCAUCCUGCUGUGUGUGUACCUGCUGUUCGCCAACAUCCUGCUGCUCAACCUGCUCAUCGCCAUCUUCAACUUCACAUUCCAGGAAGUGCAGGACAACACCGACACGAUCUGGAAGUUUCAGCGCUACGAACUGAUCAAGGAGUACCACAGCCGGCCAGCCCCGCCCCCGCCUUUCAUCAUCCUCAGCCACCUGUACCUCUUCAUCAGACGCGUGGUGCUCCGCAGGCCCCCCCAAAAGCACAAGCAGUUCAAGGAAGAGCUGGAUCGUGCGGAGGAAGAGGAGGUGCUCUCCUGGGAGGCCUUCAUGAAGGAGAAUCACUUGGCCAGUAGCCAGAGGGACUUGAGCCAGAGCAUGGAGCGCCGCAUUCAGGACACCUCUGACAAGGUGGGGGUCAUGGUGGAUUUGCUGGAGGGGGAGCACGACAGGGAUUCUGUUUCCAUGGCGAAAAGGCUGGCCCAUCUGGAGGAGCAGGUCUCCCAGUCCACGAAAGCCUUACAGUGGAUAAUGAACGCCCUCAAAUCCCAGGGUUACGAGACUCAGGAAGAAGCCCCCGUGCUGUCGCUAGAAAGAAAUUCGACCGGUACCGAUCAGGCCGAACCCCAGAAAGAGACAGCCAAGGAGAAGACGGAGUAUCACGUGAACGCCCGGCGGCUCCAGUACCCCGACAGCACUGUCAGACGGUUCCCCGUGCCGGAGGAGAUGGUGCCCUGGGAGGUAGAGUUCGUCGGUUACGACCCCCCCGUAUACGACGCUGAUGAGAACACCGUCCCUGCACAGUCGGAGCAGGCCGGCGGCUCUGACGUCAAUUUGGGCAGUUACAGAAACCCAGAGGGAAGGACGGGGAUGCAGGGGAAAGGGGCUCUGAAUCGCCUGGGCCCAAACCAGGUCCUGGACCCAGUCCUCACACGUUGGAGAGACGAUCGGAAAUCUGCUCUGGAGUUCCUGGCUGUGUGGGAUAGGAAGGAGGGGGUCUGGACAAUACCUGGGGGGCCCGUGCUCGCCGAUGAGGUGCUCCCACAGAGGCUGGAGAACAUACUGGACAGGAAGCUGCAUGAGCAGAUCAGAGACAAACUGGUCAGCAGGGCUGAGGUCAACGAGGUGUAUAAUGGUUAUGUGGAUGACCAAAGGAACACAGAUAAUGCCUGGGUGGAGACGACUGCCUUCAACAUACACCUUGACCGGAGGGGUUUGUUGAUGGCUGACCUUAAUAACAUGGCUGAGACCAGCCGGGGAUCGGCAGAGCUGGUGAAGUGGCAGGAAGUGAGCCACAGGACGCCGGCGUGCGCGUACCAGAGAGAGGUCCUCCGCAAGGUGGCCGAGUUACACGGCAGACGCUUCUGACGCCUUCCCGACGCCGCCGCGGAGUACGGGGACCGUACGGGCUGUCGACAAUCCCUGGAGCACUUUAAAACCUCAACGGUGAUCUUAUACAUGUCAGGUUCUUCAGAGAAAUAUUCUGUGUGUGUGUGUUUCGCCACAAACAUGGCUGCAGACCUGGGUCAAAUACGUAUUUGUUUCGGAUUAAAAUACUUUUCUGUGCUCUGUUGAU